AUGAUAUGCAUGAGACAUUUUGUGACUGCAAAUGGUCUAGAGAAAGGACUCAGUGAGAUAACUUUAAAGAAUGAAUGGGGAGGAAGCUGGAUUUUAGGUUUCAGACACUACGAACCACAAAACCAUACUUAUCUCGGACCAGGCUGGAAAACUUUCUGCCAAGUAAACGGGAUCAAAGCUGAAGAUUCCUUUAUGUUUAAACUGGUUGAAACUGGGGACAAACCUGUUCUCUUGUUGUGCACUUCCAACCGCGGGAAAACACCAUUAGAGUGUUCAGAAGAUAGAGAUGAUGUAAACUCACUCUCCUCAGAUACUAGCAGUGAAGAUGACAGUAAAGAAGAAUCCCAAGAAAGUGAUAAGGAGAGUAUUGAAGACGCGGACAGGUCACAACAAUGCAUCGUGAUGGAGAAAGAGAAUAAUAGCUUGAGAUGCAUAUGUUCAUCUCCAUAUAGUAAACACCGUUUCGUGAGGUUAUCUUUUACACAGAGCGCUCUUAAAACCUCUGUACUGUACCUUCCGUUGGCUUUCACUCGGAUGAACUGCAUCAACAAGCCAAUAAAGAUAAUGCUGUUAGGUAAAGAUGGAGUGAAGAAACAGGUGGUGGAUCUUUUGAAGAACAAGUCAACUGGAGCAAUGCGAUUUGGAAAAGGAUGGAGAGAGUUCUGUGACGCUCAUGGUGUAAAGGUAGGAGAGUCCUUUCAGUUGGAACUCUUUAGGGAGGAUGAAGAAGCAAUUCCUGUUCUUAAGUUCUGCACCACAACUUGAGACUUUUGUUUCCAGAGAAGAAGAUUCCUGUGGUACAAUAUUUUCCUUCUUUAAGUUGAAGCAGCUUGUUGACUGCAUAUUAUUCUCUUGUUGCUUCUGGCUAGCUAGAUGUCUACUUAUUGAUCAUAUCUCUAGUGUGUGUGUAAAAUGGCAAACGAUUUGGCAUUCAUUUAAUCUCCAGUUCCAUAAGGACAUGCUCAAGCCAAAUAGAUCCAAGUAUACAAGAUCUUGCAUAUAUUUUUAAUCAUAAAUUUUAUAAAAUAAUUGGAUACACACUUCCAACAUGUUUUAGCAUCAUAUUUCUUUACAAAACUCUUUUUAUGCUUUCAUAAGAUUCCCCUUCCGAUUCCAUGUAGAGUGGAGAUAUAAAAGUUGAAAUUACCAUUUACGGCUGAAUGUAUACAUGGAAUUAGAAAGCUACUUGUAAGAUCUAUAGACUUAGAAAAGCUAACCUGUUCAGACGUAAGAUUGAGUAGAGUCUAUCAAAACAAGUAAGGAUUGAACGGAUGUAAUGUAAGAUAACAAACACU